AUGAUAAAACAAUUAAUUUCCUCAAUAAUUGAAUGUGAAAAGGCUUUGGAAAACAUUAGAAUUGAGUUAAAUCAAUAGUCCUUAUUUUCCUUGAAACCCAUCAUGGAGAGAUUCGACCAAUAAAAUAAAGGACAUAUUACUUCUUACGAUAUCCUUCAAUUUUGCUAAGACAACGAUAUUUAAUGCCAACAUUAUGAUGCUUUUUUAUGUGUCAAAUAUUUCGAUGUUAAUAAAGAUGGCAGAGUUACUUUUGAAGACUUUACUAUUUAAAUGCUAUCAAAAACUAAUCGCGAAAUUAGAUUUGUGGCUGCAGUCAGAGAGCCUUACUUUAUUGAAAAACAGAUGUGCUUGCCUGAAAUAAUAGAGACUGGACUAUCUUAUUUCUUUGGAGAAUUGCUAAUCUAUGUACGAGAGCAAUUAGAAAUAAAAAUGCUUUUAGAAAAAGAAAACUUUAAUUACUUUAAGCUCUUUCAACAACUGGAUAAGAGUAAUAAUGGAAUAAUUCACAUGAAUGAUUUUUAAAAAUACUUUAAUUUAUCCCAGGAAGAUACAAAUUACUUUUUUAUGAUGGGCAAUCUCAAUGAGACCAUUGAUUAAAUUAACUUAUUGGACAUCUUUGUCAUUACCCAGUUAAAAUCAGAGAAUAUCAAUUAAGAAAGACAGUAAUCACCAUUAAAACAAAAUAAGUUCCAACAAUCUAUGGAUGAAAACGAUAAUUCAUUUCAAUCUCCUGAAUAACGAUCAACCGUUAAAUACAAAAAAGCUUAACUCAAACUUUUAAAUAGUGAAUAAACUCAUAGCAAUGCCAGUAGCAUUUUCGUCGAUGAAUUAACCAAAAAAUUAUAGGAUUUUACAUUCACUCCCAAAUCCAAUGAUAAGUUUUAAAUAGAAUUAAUUAAUUUUGACAAAGUUGUUUAUCAAUAGCUUUAUCAAUUGCUUCUAAAAUGUAAACUACUGUCUAAAACAUAAUUAAAAUUGAUUCAGAGGUCUGACUUUUGUUGCAAGGCUAUUUUCAAACUAUUUGAUUAUGAAAACAGAGAUUUCAUUACCGAACAAGACUUCUAUUCAGGAUUUCGAAGGCAAAGAAUGCAAAUCAAAGGUCUAGCAAGAGAUCUAAUUUUAAGUUAUGGUUAGGAUUCUAAAAUAAACUAUCAAUAAUUCAAAAGAUUAAUCUAUAUCGAUUAGCAAAUGGAUUCUAGUGAAAGUUAAUAAACUAAUUCCUAAUUACUUAGCAAUGUUACUAUUGAUUACAUUAGGUAAUUGUUUUAAGAACAGAUUGAUAUAGAGUAAUUUAAAAAAGCCUACAUUUAAAAUAUAUUAAAAAAAGUAAAAACCACUGAUGAUUCUAUAGUCAUUACCAAAUAAGUUCAAGAUCUUUUUAAUAAGUAUAAUGCCUUUCCAAACGAUAGAGAAUUAGCAAUUUUAACAAAUUAAUUGUAGAUAUUAUAAUUUUGA